AUGGUCACACCAAAUACAACCCCAUACAAACCCUCCCCUCUUUCCUUUGGUUCUCCUCGCACUUCUCCCUUCCGGCGACCCUCUGUUUCUGCGUCCCCUAACACGGUCAUUCGUCCCAAUACUCCCGGUAGCCCUAGCAGCAAAGGACCCACGCCCAUCCAGUCCCCCAGCAAACUAAAGCAGUCACACGUCGCAGACGAUGGAUCCAUUUUCUCAGAUAGCCAAUUUUCGCCUUUCGUCCCGGGACGUAGGGAAGUCCCAGUUUCACCAACCAGAGUAUCCCAUGGGCAAAACGAGAGCACGGCCUCCAUGAUGGGAUCGAAGUUGGCAGACAGACUAGCCACGUAUGGUGACACCCUGAGCAGAUUGCCGCAAGCUCAACUACGUGAAAUGCGUGAAGCGUUUCAAGUGCUUGAUCGAGAUAAUGACGGGCAGGUUAAUCGAGAGGAUGUCGCUGACAUCCUACUGAAUUUAGCUACUUCUCAAUAUUUCCCCCCUGGGGCGCCACAAACCCUUAAUCUACACACGUAUCUAAACUCAAUUGCGAACCUCCUUGGCCCGCUUUCCUCCACACAGGAGCUCCUCAAUGCCUUUGCAGCUUUUGACGAAGAUGAUAGCGGUCAGAUAGAUAUGGAUGAGCUACGGGACGCCCUCCUUAAUACGAAGCCCGAUGCAGACGGAGGAAUGACAACAAAGGACAAUGAAUAA